CUCUCCUCUCCAUUGUGAUGUCCUUCGACUCUCCGCAAUUUUCGAUUCUCAAAGACGCGUUUGCUCGGAGAAUUCUAUCCCGUCCAUCGCUCUGUGACCUUGGCUCCGACUCUCCCGACUCAGACCUUGAUGACUUCGUAUUGUAUCUCGCGCAAGAGACAUGGCCUGUGCUGCCUGCCUACCUCCAGACGCUAUCCGCCGAAACUCGGGCCUCUCUCAGUUCCGAAGACCCGGAAUCGGCCUCAAUUGAUGCACUUCCCACUAGUGUGACUGAUACCCUGCACGCCUACGCGAUCUGUGCCCCCGACGAGACACCCACCUUCGUGCGUAAGGUCCUCACGGACUUUAUCGAAGACGCCUCCGCGCCCCCACCUGUAUGGGGAAGCACGCGAUGCACGGAGUGCGAGAUUUGCGAACGCGAGGUCCCGCUGACGUAUCAUCACCUGAUACCGCGCUCGACGCACGACAAGGUGCGCAAGAAGGGUUGGCAUCCUGAGGCGAUGCUCAAUUCCGUUGCGUGGUUGUGUCGGCCGUGUCAUAAUGUAGUACAUCGCACGGCGAAAAAUGAAGACCUCGCACGGCAUCUCUAUACGAUUCCGCUUUUACUCGAGAGGGAGGAUAUCCAAAGGUGGGGAAAGUAUGCCUCGAGGCAACGAUUUGGGAUCAGGCGCGGUUGACGAGGAUGCAAGUGUAGUGCAAUCAUGAUCGGUCACCUCGGGUGCCAUAUGCGAGCAUUGUAAAUCUGCGACGGAAAGUCGAUCUAUGCCUGCCGAAUCCCGAAAGUAGCUAAUCUAAAUCAACAAUUGUAAACAAUUCAGUUGCAGUAGGAUGAAAGAGAGCUGACACACAGUAU